AUGGCCAUGUCCUCCAUGUCCGUCUGCUCCAGCACUUGCACUGACCCCUGGCAGGUGGACAACUGCCCAGAGAGCUGCUGCGAGCCCCCAUGCUGUGCCCCCAGCUGCUGCACCCCGACCCCCUGCCUGACCCUGGUCUGCAGCCCAGUGAGCUGUGUGUCCAGCCCCUGCCAACCAGUCUUGAGCUGUGUGUCCAGCCCCUGCCAAACAGUCUGCACCAGCUCCUGCACACCCUCCUGCUGCCAGCAGUCUAGCUGUACCUCGUCCCCCUGCCAGCAGGCUUGCUGUGUGCCCGUGAGCUGUAAGCCCGUCUGCUGUGUGCCUGUCUGCUCUGGGGAUUCCUCUUCAUGCUGCCAACAGUCUAGCUGCCAGCCGGCUUGCUGCACCCCGUCCCCCUGCCAGCAGGCCUGCUGUGUGCCCAUGAGCUGCAAGCCCGUCUGCUGUGUACCCUCCUCCUGCUGCAGACCCUCCUCCUGUGUCUGCUGCGCCCUGACCCCCUGCCUGACCCUGGUCUGCAGCCCAGUGAGCUGUGUGUCCAGCCCCUGCCAAACAGUUUGCACCAGCUCCUGCACACCCUCCUGCUGCCAGCAGUCUAGCUGCCAGCCGGCUUGCUGCACCCUGUCCCCCUGCCAGCAGGCCUGCUGUGUGCCCGUGAGCUGCAAGCCCAUCUGCUGUGUGCCUGUCUGCUCUGGGGAUUCCUCUUCAUGCUGCCAACAGUCUAGCUGCCAGCCGGCUUGCUGCACCCCGUCCCCCUGCCAGCAGGCCUGCUGUGUGCCCAUGAGCUGCAAGCCUGUCUGCUGUGUGCCCGUCUGCAUUAGAGCUGCCCCCUGCUCCACCUCCUCAUGCUGCCAGCCCAGCCCCUGCCCCUCCUCCUGCUGCAGACCCUCCUCCUGCUGCAGACCCUCCUCCUGUGUGUCCCUCCUCUGCCGCCCUGUGUGCAGACCUGCCUGCUGUGUCCCCACCUCCUCCUGCCAGCCCAGCUGCCCCCGCCCAGCCUCCAGUGUGUCCCUCCUCUGCCGUCCCACCUGUCCCCGCCCAGCCUGCUGA